UAUUCCCUUCUAAACAUCAAAGGAUGCCCAACUUCAUCUAAUUGAUUCCUUGAUCUCUCUUUGGUUGUUCAUUUGGACGUCAAGAUGGAAUCAGAUCCCAAUGAAUUACUUUCAGCUUUAAGGGAUGCAGAGGAGUUCAUCUCUGUUGGACUUUCCAAGGAAUCAUUAAAUCGUGAAACAGAAAACAAACGACAAAAGUUAGAAACAAGGUUAAAGAACUUGAUCAACAGAAGUACACCUAGAAGUGAUGGCCAACUUCCUCCCCGGCCACCAAAAUCAGUACAAAAUGCAACAUGGGAAGAGGAGGAGGAGGGUGAAGAUCUUUAUGAUGAUGUAGGCCCUGAUAUCAUUGAAGUGAAAGAAGAAUCUGAUGAUCGGGUAAUAUCUCAAAGUCAUUUUUCAAUGGAAGUACGUGGUGUACCCAAAGAGACACAAGACAAUGACACCCAAGAAAGUUACGAAGACAUGAGUAACAAAGAAGUGCCACAAGAAGAAAUGUAUGAUGAUACAGUCAACACUCCCUCGGAAGACGAUUAUGAGGAACCUGGCAAAGAAGAUUCUACUUCAAUUACUGAAGAUAUAGAUUAUGAAGUUGCAGAACCAAAACAUACGCCAGAGGAAGAAAAAAGCGAUGAUGUAUAUGAGGGGGUCGAUGCUGGCGAUGGACAAGAGGAGACUAACAAGGCAGAUGCUGAGAGCCUUGAGCAGAAAGACAGAACUAUAACACGAGAUUUGGAAAUGUUAAUGAAUCCAAUCAAAGCUACUGAUGUUAAAGAAGUUAUUUAUAAAGGAUAUCUUGAUAAGCAUCGCAAGAAGGGCAAGUUAUACAUUGGUAACAAAUGGCAGAAGAGGUACUGUAUAGUGAGGAGCUUUGCUAUGUAUUACUUCAUAAACCCAAAUUCAGAUAGACAAAAGGGAACCAUCCUACUGCCAGGAUACAAGGUGAAGGUUAACAAGCAAUCCAAGUCAAAUCGAGAGUUUAUUUUAACGAGAGAGAAAGACCGCUCGUAUACUGUAAGUAUACAUAGGUUUCAGUCAGAAUCGAAAGAGGAAAUGGUAAAGUGGAUGGAUGCAAUUGAAAAAGCUGCAGGUGGUAAAAUAUCUAAGCGUCAGAGUGAAUAUCUUGAUUCUUUAAGAAGUGAAUCCCCUGACGGUGAUGAAGAUUCUACCAGCUUGUGUUAUGAUGAUGUCAGUUUAAAGAGUGGGACUAUGAAUAAUGGACAAAGUGGAGGGGGAGAAAUCUAUGAUGACGUCAAUGAAAAUGAUGAUUCAGGGUCUGCUACCAUUGACUAUGAAAUCCCUCAAGCUGAAGCUAGUGAAGCAGCAAUGGAAGAAUCGACAAAGGAAGAAGCAGUCCAAGAAGACUUUUAUGAAAUGCCAAAAGAUGAAAACCAGGAGCGGUCAGCUCCAGUACAGCCUUCACGUCCAGCUGUGGUAGUACAGGCAGCUUCUUCUGUGCCUGGAAAGCCUCCCUCGCAUGAUAUUCCACCAACUACAGAAGAAGAAGAAGAGUUAUAUGAUGAUGUUGGAGUUGAUGUCUCUCCUCCAGAUGUUGCACAAACUUUGACUAAACCUCAGAUGUCCUUGCCAACACCCCCAUCUGACAUUGGAAGGGCUUCUCCAGGAAUGCCACGCCCUGCACUACCCCCACCCCCUGGAGAACCGAAACCAAGCAUUCCACCUCGAAGAAAUGGUGCAUUACCACCAGAACCAGACAAAGAAACAACUGCACCUAUUGGUAAAGCUCCGCCACCCCCACCCCCUGAGGAGAAUACAAUCCCUGACAAAGCCCCACCACCUCCUCCCCCUGAGGAGGAAACAGAAGACCAAGCCAUAGACUACUCAAACAUUUAUCAAGCAUUAUGGGACUGCAACCCUGAUGCAGAUGACGAGCUUGAGUUCAGCCGCGGGGAUUUAAUUUACAUUUAUGAAAAGCCUCAUUCUGAUUGGUGGAUUGGAUCCAAGUAUAAGCCACAAGGGUAUGAGACGAGACUAAUCCCAAGAAACUACCUCACUGAAGCGUACGACUAAAUAUUUAGAGUAGAGUGCAAAUAAUAUACCCGUGAAAUAGAUAGCUAGCUAACUAAUUACUAACCUUUGGUUGCCUAAGUCUAAUUAGUUAAGAAAUAGGCGAGCCGUGACGGGUAAACUAGUGCACGUGUUACUCAAGGGCACGCAUUUUAAAAUAUUUUUAAACACGCUUACGAAAACUGAAACAAUAUUUUGUUGUACAUGCUUUUCCUUCAUAUAGUUUGACAUGUUCGCAUUUUCGUAUCUAUUCAUCUGCGUAUUAAGUUGUCACUCAAAACGCUUGUGCCCUUGUCAUGCCUCACUGAAUUCCUAUGUCUUGUCUAAUUAAGCGCUAACUCUCUCCUAUUUCAUCCUAACUAUUUCACGGGUAUAUUAUUUGCAUUCUAAUGUAUAUCUUAAUUUUUUAUUCAAAAAUAUGGACAGCUGCAACUAAUUAGCAAUUAGUCCUUGAGCCUGAAUGGGCUACGAGUCAAUAGCCCAUGAGGCUGAAGAACGAAUGGGCCAUUAACUCAUAGGCCAAAAGGGCAAGGACUAAUUGUUUUAGUCAAAUCCAACUAGUCAAUCAAAUAUAUAGAUGCAAACAAAAAUUUUUUGGUUUUCAAACCGGCACUUUUAGUAGGCUGUAACUUAUAGCCUAAUAGUAGCUCAUCCAAUCAAAACGCAGCAUUGAUGUUAGACCACUAGAUGGAUUUGACUAACAUCUAAUAUUCCUCUUCGUAAUUUCUGGGUGUUUUUUUUGGGAGGUAUGGAUAUUUUCUAGAACUACACAAUAUACCCUCCUCAGACCCUCCCCACCCCUUGGAAAUUCCAAUUCCCCUCCAUGGGGGUGGUAUGGAUAUUUUCAUGGAAU